GCACUUCCUCUGUUUACUUUCCUCUAAACACAGUCAGACCGCCCUCCCUCCGUCAGUCAGUGUUGGACGCUGGAGCCGCACGAUGCAUAGACGGCAGUUUUGACUAUUGGCUAUUGACUCAAAUAUUACGGCAAGGCAAGCAGCACAAGUCAAGCGCCAAGAUGGAUUACAAAUAUGACAAUGGAGUAGAACUGCUGUUGGCUCACAUGAAUAUAGAAGACAUCAUCAACGCUGCAGAGACUCUGUAUCAGCUUGAGCAAGAGGAGGAAAGAGGCUUGUCUUUUGAAGAGGAAGAUCUCUCCCAGGAGGAGAUGGACGAGAACGAGGAGGCGGGGGACUCGGUGGGCUCGGGGAGUCCACAGAAGGACUACGUCGAUGGGGUUAGUGGUGUUCGGUACGGGGCGGUUGCAGACCUGCUUUCCUUUGUCAACCUGCUCUCCAGCAUGCAGGCGGCGGCCCUGCAGCACCUGCCUGAGGAGAUGGGCGUCCUGAUGAACAAGAAGGACAUGGCUGUGAAAAAAGGCCGCUACCAGAUCGACUUGGACGUCCUCCUGUUUCCGUGGAAGUUGACCUACAAAAACCACGGCUCUGGCCUUGUGCCCAAGGGCUCAUUUGGGAAAGUCUACUUGGCUCAGGACACCGCCACCAGGAAAAGAAUGGCUUGCAAACUGGUCCCCUUGGAGCACUUCAAAGUGGCGGACGUGGAGUUCCAGGCCCGGUUCCGGCAUGAGAACAUCGCUGAGCUCUAUGGCGCCGUGCUCUGGGACCAGAGCGUCCACCUGUUCAUGGAGGCCGGGGAGGGUGGUUCGGUCCUGGAGAAGCUGGACAGCUGUGGGCCCAUGAGGGAGUUUGAGAUCAUCUGGGUGACCAAGCAGGUCCUUCGGGGCCUAGAGUACCUGCACUCACACAACGUAAUCCACCACGACAUCAAACCCAGCAACAUUGUUCUGAUGUCAGACAAGGCAGUGUUGGUGGACUUUGGGCUGACGGUGCAGAUGACAGAGGAUAUAUACAUUCCAAGAGACCUGAGAGGAACAGAGAUGUAUAUGAGUCCAGAGGUGGUUCUGUCUCACGGUCAUAACACCAAGACAGACAUCUACAGCCUGGGCACCACCAUCAUUCACAUGCAGACUGGAAGCCCUCCAUGGGUCCAGAGAUACCCACGAUCUGACUGCCCAUCCUACCUCUACAUCAUCGACAAACUGGCCCCACCUCUGGAGGACAUAGCGGAAGACUGCAGCCUGGCCAUGCGCUCCUUCCUGGAGCGAGCCCUGGAGAGGAACCCUUCCCUGCGGAGCUCGGCGUCCGAGCUGCUAAAGGACGAGGCCAUCAACCCACCCAGGGAGGAUCAGCCGCGCUGUUGGAGCCUUGAUUCAGCCCUGGAGGAGGCCACCCACACCAUGCUACGGCAGCAGAGCCAGCACCACGACACCACACAGGAUUCUUCUCUGUACUCUGAGGACUCCGGCCAUAUGAGGAGGAAGGGUUCCUUGUACAUUGACCUGGGGGCAUUGUCAGGUUACUGUAAACUAGUGACAGGGCCCCCCACCUCAGAAUAUGGCUAGCAUCGGACCACAGCUCACUAUUUAGGUGGCUGAACUCUAGUCAAAGCUAGCUGAUUAUUUACUUUUUUGCAUUUCUUAAAAGUAUGGCUUUACUGUUGGAGGACUGAUCAAUAGUUCAGACAGGUGGACAGCUGCAGCCAACAUUGAUAAACUGCAAUUGUUUGCAAGGCUCAAGAUGAGUUGUCGAGACUGGAAUUAGCUCAACCUUGAUGCUGAAAUGGGCUGAACAUUGCAGGACAGUGGUUGGAAGAGAUGUCAUGUGUAUCAUUGAGCAUUAACUGUCAGCUGUUGGUAUAAUUUCACAGAGCUCCAUACGUUGUUGUAGUACAUGAUAUAUUUCAGUGUGGUAGUUAACACCGUAAUUAAAUGCUGUUUUUUUCUCAUGAAA